AUGCAGAUUGACGGGAUUCCAGAUGUCGGUGAUCAGCCCUGUCAGCCUCGCCGUGCUUCAUUUCCAAAAGUUUCGUUUGGGAAAAAAGUCCCAAAAUCAAGAUCAUUUCAAGCUGCUUGGUUCGACAACUGGCCUUGGCUUCAUUGGCACGACUCCGUUGAGAAAGUGUUCUGUCACGUCUGUGUGAAGGCUGCGAAGUCUGGCAAGCUGAAAUGCAAGACUGCUGAGCAGGCAUUCAUCUAUCGUGGAGUUCAAAACUGGAAUGAUGCCACCCGCUUAUUUCGUUCACACGCGAAAUCAUACUCCCACAGAGAAGCGGUUGAGUCACUGAUCACGCUAUCUGCCACAACAAAGCACGUUGGUGAACUACUAAGAACUCGAUUGGUUGAAGACAGAAAGAGAAACCGGGCCAGCCUCCUUCGCAUUCUCAGGGCGCUGAGGUUCCUGGCACGUCAAGGUAUUGCCCUCCGCGGUUCCGCCCUCACCAAAGAGAUUGAUAGCAAUUUGUCACAGCUCCUUCGUCUUUUUUGUGAGCUUUCUACAGAUCUCUCCGAUUGGUUGCAAAAAAAGACAAAUAAGUACACAAGUGUAGACAUACAGAAUGAGCUGCUGAAGGUGAUGUCACUUCCAAUUCUUCGAGAUGUCUCAGCCAAACUUGAAGGCACACCAUACACCAUUAUGGUAGACGAAACCACUGACGCAAGUACCCAGAAGCAGGUUGUAAUAGUUCUACGAUGGGUGGAUGAAGACCUAGAGCCUCAUGAGGAUUUUAUUGGGCUGCACAUCACUGCUUCAACUGAUGCUAAGUCCAUUGUAGCAAUUAUCAGAGAUGUUCUUGUUCGUAUGAACCUUAGUCUGACCAACUGUCGUGGUCAGUGCUAUGAUGGUGCAGCUGUGAUGAAAGGAUGUCUAUCAGGAGUUGCUGCUCAACUCACUCAAGAUGAACCACGAGCAUUGUUCACUCACUGCUAUGGUCAUAGCCUCAAUUUAGCCUGCCAAGACACCAUCAAAGACAUAAUCCCUAUUGAAUAUGCCCUUGACACAACAUUUGAACUGUCAAAACUUCUCAAGUAG